CGUGGUUGAUGUUGGGACGUGCUGAUUGUUCUGAGUGCAUAUGGGUUCAUUUCCUCUGUGUGUUUCAGGGAAUGGCUACACACGGACGAAGCCGCUCCCCUGGUGGUUCAGCCCCGCAUGGAGAGGAGCGUCGAGGGACGACGUCGUCGCCGACAAGGGAAACGAGUCGGGGAGGUGGCGGUGGGGAGGAAGAACGACGGGCUCAAAACUUGUGGUGCGACUACAACGAACGUGUCUGGUAUUUGGACUGGGCGAGCCAGGACGGCUCCGACCCGUUGCAAGCACCAUGCGGGCCGCUCUUGUUCGUCGCCGUUCGUGCCGACAGAACGCGUCUCGCAAGGUCCAUCGUCCAAUGGGUCGACGUUGGCGAAUACAAUUUCAAGGUUACGUUGAAGAAGCAUUACAGAAGUGAUGGUUCCGUCGACGACAUCGCAAAGGGAUGCAAGGUUGCCGGGAGGAUGUUCGGCGGGUACGGUCGGCGUGCGAUGUCUUUGCCGUACUUUGUCCCGCUAGCGCCGGGGCACGACGAGGCCGUUCACAUGACAGACUUCCUCGAGGUCUGGGCGAGAUCUGGUACCUUUGUCAGUGCCGUGGACGUCGGACCUGGGACAUCGAUCAGUGGUCCGGUUGGGUUCGCGGGAAGAGAGUGCUCUGAAAGGGGGAUGAGAGGUAAGGGUGGCCUGCCAGCUACGCCUCCUGAUCAAGAGGUGGGCAUGUCAGACGACUCGGAGGACGACCAUCCGCGUGCUCCUUCGAAACCCGUCUUGCAUGGGUCUCGCCGCCAAGGUUUGCUUGGAGAGUCGAUGCCACGUGGAGGCAGCGAUGACGAACGGUUAUUAUCAAUUAUAUUAUAUCAAAAUAUCCUUUAAAAAAAAAGAAAACAUAUGUAGGUUAGCCCUCACUAGAUCAAAGGUGCCAGAAAAAUGAAAUAUUUUUUUCUGGAUAAAAGGUCUAUUAUUGC